GAUGGCGGCGCCCAUGGAGGCGGCGGGCCGGUUCCGCACCCGGGACGUGCUGCUGCCCGGCGGCCCCUCCGACUUCGGCUCUCUGCUGCUGUCACCGCCCGUGCUGGCGGGGCUGGAGGCGGCCGGCUUCCAUCGGCCGUCCCCCGUGCAGCUGAAGGCCAUCCCGCUGGGGCGCUGCGGGCUGGAUCUGAUCGUGCAGGCCAAGUCCGGCACCGGCAAGACCUGCGUGUUCGCCACCAUCGCCCUGGAUGCCGUGCUGCUGGAGAGCCCUGCCACGCAGAUCCUGAUCCUGGCUCCCACGAGGGAGAUCGCCGUGCAGAUCCACGCCGUGAUCACGGCCAUCGGCAUAAAAAUGGAAGGCCUGGAGUGCCAUGUGUUCAUCGGGGGCACGCCUCUGAGCCAGGACAGGAGCAGGCUGAAGAAGUGCCACAUCGCUGUGGGCUCCCCAGGGCGGAUCAAGCAGCUGAUCGAGCUGGACUACCUGAACACGGCCAGCGUGAGGCUCCUGGUGCUGGACGAGGCAGACAAGCUGCUGGAGGAGGGCAGCUUCCAGGAGCAGGUCAACUGGAUCUACUCCUCCCUGCCUGUCAAUAAGCAGAUGCUGGCAGUGUCAGCCACCUACCCCGAGUCCCUGGCUGCUGCUCUCACCAGGUACAUGAGGGAGCCCACGUUUGUCAGGCUGAACCCCACGGACCCUGCCCUUCUUGGGCUGAAGCAGUACUACAAAAUCGUGAAUUCCCAUCCCCUCCCACAUAAAACCUUUGAGGAAAAAACCCAGCACCUGCAGGAGUUGUUCAGCAAGAUUCCUUUCAACCAAGCCUUGGUCUUCUCAAAUUUGCACAGCAGGGCUCAACAUCUGGCUGAAAUCCUGACAUCCAGAGGCUUCCCUGCUGAGUGCAUUUCAGGCAACAUGAAUCAAAAUCAGCGACUUGAUGCCAUGGCUAAAUUAAAGCAAUUCCACUGCAGAGUUCUGAUUUCCACAGACCUGACAUCUCGUGGAAUUGAUGCUGAGAAGGUGAACCUGGUCAUCAACCUGGACGUGCCCCUGGACUGGGAGACCUACAUGCACCGCAUCGGCCGCGCCGGGCGCUUCGGCACCUUGGGGCUGGCUGUGACCUACUGCUGCCGUGGGGAGGAGGAGAACACCAUGAUGAAAAUUGCUCAGAAGUGCAACCUGCAGCUUCUUCCUCUGCCAGAGCCAAUCCCCCCUGGAAUGAUGGAGCAGUUUGAGGAUGGGCAGGUGGAAGUUAAACCUGCAAUACCCACGGCUCCUGUGCUGAACUGUGACACUGUGUGUCCUAAACCAGAGCAGCCAGAGCUGCAGCCUGUCCAGAAUGGCUUCCCAGACAUUCCUCAGCCUCCCUCUAAUCUUCCAAGGGAUAAUUCCUCUGCAGAAAGGCCAAAAAAGACUCCGAAGCAAAAACAGAUAAAAAAGUGCACAAAUCCUGCAAAAGUAGAGAAAAAUAGAAGCCCCCAAACUUCCAGCUGUCACACAGAACAGAAGAACCAAGUCAAACCCAUCUCCAGGAUGGAUGGAGAGCACAGCACUCAGGCUCCAGAUGAGGAGGCCUUAAAACAAAAUCUUCCCAAAAUUCCAUGCUUGUCUUCUUUCAAAACCCAACUCACCAGUCCCUGGAGCUUCUCAGAUUUUGUUGAAGAUUAUGAUUAUUUCAUUAAAGAAGGGUCAGAGAGAGAGGUGGAGAUUUUAAGAAGUUACUCAGGCCCAGGAGAGCAGCAUGGGCUGCCCAGGAAUGGGGAUGUGGAGUGGGAAGAGAUGGAACAUCACCCAGAGGCAGCAGCAGAUGAGGCUGAGUCUGCUGACAGCAAUGGCUCAGGGAGCCCCAGGGGUUCCUUGAACAGCAGGGCCAACAACUCCUGCUCUGAGGCCUUUUCAGACACACAGGAGCCAAGCCCUGUGCCCCCAGCACGCCGGGGCCCCCCACGUUCCUGUCCCACGCCAAAGCAGCCUCAGGAGCCAUCCCACAGCCCAAGGCAAAAGGAAGUGAAAAAGAAAGUCCCAAAACAGAAUGCUAAAGCCAAGAAAAGCCACAAGUAUCAGUUCUGCAGUCCUGCCAGGAGCAGAGCUGAGGAGGAGCAGAGCUGCAGCUCCUGGGAGGAUGCUGCCCACCAGGGCUGCAGCUCUGAGCACCACUGGAGGUGCUACUACGAGGCCUGGCAGAGCUACUACUCAGCACUGUCCCACUACAGCAGGAGCUACUGGCACCUGAGCUGCAUCAGUGCCUACCACACCAACUCAGUGUAUCUCCAGGAGCUGCUCAGAGAUGGGGACUGAUGUGCUGGUGCUGCUGGCUGGGACCAGCCUGGACAGGGCUGUGACAGCCCUGCCUAAGGGGCACUCACAAGAGACAGAUGUUGUUUGACUUGCAGAAAAUGGUGUCUUUUUAUAAGCAGCUGUGUCUGGUAGAUGUUUUACACAGGUCCAGUGACGGUGUUACAAUUUGUUAAUAAAAGGUAAAGAAAGGCA